AUGGAAAUUGUGAUUUUGUUAAAAGGGAUUAUGCAAUUCGUUGCAAUUAUUUUUUCACUAUUCUCCAACAUACUUUUAAUGUUUCUGGUAAUUCAUAAAUCGCCAAAGAAAAUUGGAAAUUACAAAUAUCUCAUUAUCUCCACAGCUAUGGAAACAGUUUCUCAAUGAUAAUGGAUUUGAGGGAAAGUGUUCUAUAUGAUUCCAAGAAAAUCGCCUUUUUCUGUACUGGUAAUGAAAUUUUCCUUAGAAACCUUAUAAUUUGCACCCCAUUUAUUUUAGUGUCUCUUACUGGUUGCUUUGGCAUGACUAUCUACGCAAUUACCGUUAAUUUUGUCUAUAGAUUCUAUGCAGUUCAAAGUAUCUCCACAGCUAUGGAAACAGUUUCUCAAUGAUAAUGGAUUUGAGGGAAAGUGUUCUAUAUGAUUCCAAGAAAAUCGCCUUUUUCUGUACUGGUAAUGAAAUUUUCCUUAGAAACCUUAUAAUUUGCACCCCAUUUAUUUUAGUGUCUCUUACUGGUUGCUUUGGCAUGACUAUCUACGCAAUUACCGUUAAUUUUGUCUAUAGAUUCUAUGCAGUUCAAAGUAUCUCCACAGCUAUGGAAACAGUUUCUCAAUGAUAAUGGAUUUGAGGGAAAGUGUUCUAUAUGAUUCCAAGAAAAUCGCCUUUUUCUGUACUGGUAAUGAAAUUUUCCUUAGAAACCUUAUAAUUUGCACCCCAUUUAUUUUAGUGUCUCUUACUGGUUGCUUUGGCAUGACUAUCUACGCAAUUACCGUUAAUUUUGUCUAUAGAUUCUAUGCAGUUCAAAGAGAAAACCGAGUCCGCUACUUUGCCGGAAAACGUUUGUUUCUAUGGAUGUCUAUUCCAAUAAUUGCUGGCAUAUUGUGGCUUUCUGUUCGAUCGUUUGCUUUGGGUUUUGAUCUGGAGUUAAAAGAAUAUUUGAGACACUUAAGAAUGUUAAAUUUUUCAACACUUUCAGAGAUAGCAUCAAUAGAACAUAUGGCCUUGAUGCUGACGAAAUCACAUUCACUGGAUGUUUAUUCUGGAGAACUGACAAUCAUGGAAUUCUAUAUCUAAGCGUAAAAAAUACAAUUGGGACAAUUUGUCUUGGAUCUAUCAUGACACUCCCAUUCUUUACAAUCUGCUAUCUCGGGACCAAGAGCUACCGAAUAAUUAAAAAUAUUCUAUCAAAAGGAGCAAGUCCUUAUUCGCAAAGAUUGCAGAUGCAAUUAUUUAAGGCACUGGUUGCUCAAACUGCAAUCCCAAUGAUCUUUUUAUUUUUUCCAAUUGGGGCUCUUUUCACGGCGCCUGUUUUUGGUAUAAAUAUGGAAAAGUUCAGUUUUCUGGUUACAUUUUUCUACUCAAUGUAUCCCAUGGUUGACCCACUUCCCACUAUUUAUUACGUAGAUGAAUACAGAAAUGA